AUGACCCCGGGGCUCCACGCCGCCGACCUGCGGCGGAUCUUCCACCGGCUCGACCGCAACGGCGACGGCCUCCUCAGCAUCGACGAGCUCGGCUGGCUCCUCGACCGAAUCGGACCCCUCCAGCACUUCACCAGCGACGAGCUGGAGUCCUCCGUCGGGAAAUCCGCCCUCGAUUUCGACGAGUUCCUCGCCUUCUGCCGCUCGAUCGAGGGCGGCGGCGGCGAAUCGGCGGCGGCGGUGGAGAGGGAUCUGGAAGAGGCGUUUCGAGUGUUCGACCUAAACGGCGACGGAUUGAUAACGAGCGAGGAGCUGCAGAAGGUGCUGUCGAGGUUGGGGCUGUGGGACGAGACAACGGGGAAGGAUGAGAAGAGCGGCAGGGAUCCGGCGGCCAUGAUUUGUAAGUUCGAUAAGAAUUUUGAUGGGUUGCUUGAUUUCGAUGAGUUCAGGACCAUGCAGUCUCAAUUAUUCACCUUCCUUCACCCCUUUCCCACCGCCGUCGCCGCCAUGAAAUCCACCAGCCCCACGGCCGCCGUCGGCACCGCCUUAGUCAAAACCCCCUACAUCGUCAAAUUCGCCGCCGUCGCCCUCCUCUCCCUCUCCGUCGCCCUCCUCUUCUACCACCACCCUUCCUUCCCCUCCGCCGCCUUCUCCGCCUUCACCUCCCUCUCCUCCCCCACCGCCGUCGCCGCCAAAAACUCAACUUCCACCGCGCUCAACUCCACCUCCACCGCAGUCAACACCUCCUCGACUAUACUCAAAGUGAAGAAACUUCCCCCGCCGCCUCCGUCCGUGGCGCGGAGGACGGGGAUAGUGGACGAGAACGGGGCCAUGACCGAAGACUUCGAGAUCGGCGAGUUCGAUCCCAGCUUGAUGGAGGAGCUCAGGAAUCUCAGGGGAGGAGGAGAAGAAACGGAGAAGAAGGAGAACGAGCCCAAAAUUGUCAAGUACGACAAGUUCAAAGCGUGCGACGGAAGCAAAAUCGAUCACAUUCCAUGUUUGGACAAAUCCGAAAGACAUUGCCCCGAUUCAGCUCUUGAUUGCGUCGUCCCCAUGCCAAAUGGCUACCAGAAAUCGCUCCCCUGGCCCAGGAGCCGGGACGAGGUGUGGCUUCAUAAUGUGCCUGAUACACGCUUGGUUCAAGAUCAAGGCGGCCAGUAUUCGAUGUUGGUGAAAGAUGCUAAGAUCAGUUUUCAGGACGGUGGAAGUGAUCAAUAUGUGAACUUGAUCUCACAGGUAGUUUUCCUAGUUCAAAACAUGGUUCCUGACAUUGAUUUCGGCCAUCAUACACGCGUUGCAUUAGACAUUAGUCCAGGGAUUGGAAGCUUUGCAGCAUCUUUGUUUAGGCACAACGUGACCACACUGUUGAUUGGGACAAAAGAUGUUCAUAAGAAUCAGAUUCAGUUUGCAUUGGAGCGAGGCCUUCCUGCCAUGGUAGUGGGGUUUGGUACUCGUAGGUUGCCCUAUGCAAGCCAAGCUUUCGACUUGAUACGUAGCUCAGGAUCUGGAAUCGACUGGACUGUUGACAACGGAGUUUUGCUUCUGGAGGUGAACAGGUUGCUGAGGGCAGGGCGUUACUUCGUGUGGGGAGGGCCACAAGUUGAUAAUAAUGGUUCAGAAAUGGAGGGUCUUGCUGCGAGCAUCUGUUGGCAACUUGUGAAGAAGGAAGGCAAUAUCGCGAUAUGGCGCAAGCCAUUGAACAGCAGCUGCUAUCUUGGCCGAGAGAUUGGAGCACAACCACCACUGUGUAAUUCUGAUGAGGAUCCAGACAAUGUCUGGUAUGUCAAUGUGACAGCAUGCAUAACUCUGUUGCCUGAGGUCAGGAAUGGAGGAAAUGUUUCUGUGUGGCCAGCACGACUUCACUCUCCUCCGGAUAGGCUCCAGAGUAUUAAAAUGGAUGCAAUGAUAUCGAGGAAGGAGCUGAUGAAAGCAGAAUCGAGAUACUGGAACGAGAUAAUAGACAGUUACGUUAGAGCUUUCCAUUGGAAAGAGCAGAACUUCCGGAAUGUGCUAGACAUGAGGGCUGGAUUCGGAGGCUUUGCAGCAGCCGUGAAUGACUUGGAACUAACUUCCUGGGUUAUGAAUGUUGUUCCCGUUAAUGGCUUCAAUACAUUGCCCGUUAUAUAUGACCGUGGACUCCUUGGUGUAAUGCACGACUGGUGUGAGCCAUUUGACACUUACCCCAGAUCGUAUGACCUCAUCCAUGCAGCAGGUCUAUUCUCCGAUGAGCGGAAAAGGGGAAAGUGCAACUUCUCGACGAUCUUGCUGGAGAUGGAUAGGAUGCUACGACACGGUGGAACUGUGUACAUUCGCGACUCCUUAGCAGUUAUAGGUGAAAUCCACGAAGUAGCAUCCGCGAUGGGAUGGGUGGUUAUGGUUCACGACACUGGCGAAGGGCCUCACGCCAGCUGGAGGUUCUUGGUGUGCGAGAAACGUAUGCCCUGACCUCGCCCCUGUACUCUUUAUCCUUCUCUUCUCAAGAGGUUCCCACAACUAAUUGUGCAGUUGUCUUUAUGAUCAGUCAUCAUUGUAACUUGUUUCACAUAAUACUAGCCUCUGGAUAAACUAACCAACCGGCUAUAGAGUACACUUGCAGUUGAUCAUUUCAGUACCAAGAGGAAAGUAAUGUUGCUACUAAGAGGCUAAGUUUGGCUCUUUUUUCCUCUCUUUUUGCAUUGGUUGUAUAGAUAAAGAGUUUAUCAAAAGACCUCGAAAGGGAAGAGGGCAUGGGAAGAACAAGAAAGGCCGCAAACAAAAGCAGCCUAAAACUGGCAACUCCCAACUGAGAGUAUAGAGAACUGCAGAUUUACCAGAGCAGAACCCGUGGUAGUUGGCUUCUACAUCUGCAGCAACAUUUGUUUGCUCUGCUGGAAAUUUAUGCAAGUAGUCUCAAAGCUAGUUAGUCC